GUCCUGAAGCUGUCACAUUCUGUCAGGCGGGUGGCUCAGAGGUCCGGCCGCAGAAAACAAGGGAGCGCGGGGGAAGUACUUGCAGCGAGGGUGACGGUACUGCGUGGAAUAACGAAAUUUACUUAGUCUAUAGUGGCACUUUGAUUAGCAGACGUACGAGCCUACGGUGAUGGGGGAUAAGGGUGGAACCAGAGUUUUCAAGAAGUCAAGCCCCAACUGUAAGCUAACGGUGUAUCUGGGAAAGAGAGAUUUUGUGGACCACCUUGACCAUGUGGACCCAGUGGAUGGAGUGAUCCUGGUUGAUCCAGAAUACCUGAAAGACAGAAAAGUGUUUGUGACACUGACGUGCGCAUUCCGGUACGGGCGCGAAGACCUGGAUGUCUUGGGGCUGUCCUUCAGGAAAGACCUAUACAUCUCAACCUUCCAGGCCUACCCGCCCCUACCCGAAGAGCGCAAGCCCUACAGCCGCCUUCAGGAGAGGCUACUGAAGAAACUGGGCCAGCACGCACACCCUUUCUACUUCACUAUUCCUCAGAACCUGCCAUGCUCAGUCACACUGCAGCCAGGUCCAGAAGACACAGGGAAGGCAUGUGGGGUAGAUUUUGAGAUCAGGGCUUUCUGUGCCAAAUCGGUGGAGGAGAAGAUUCACAAACGGAAUUCAGUGCGGCUGAUCAUCAGGAAGGUGCAAUAUGCCCCAGAGACACCCGGCCCCCAGCCCAUGGUGGAGACCACCCGCAGCUUCCUCAUGUCUGACCGCUCUUUACACCUGGAGGCCUCCCUAGAUAGGGAGUUGUAUUACCAUGGAGAACCCAUCAGUGUAAAUGUCCACAUCACCAAUAACUCCACCAAAACUGUCAAGAAAAUCAAAAUAUCUGUGCGGCAGUAUGCUGAUAUCUGCCUUUUCAGCACUGCACAAUACAAAUGUCCAGUGGCUCAAGUCGAGGCAGAUGACCAGGUGUCCCCCAGCUCUACCUUCUGCAAAGUGUACACUCUUAUCCCUACGCUGAGCAACAACCAGGAAAAGAGGGGUCUUGCACUGGAUGGCAAGCUAAAGCAUGAGGACACCAACCUUGCUUCUAGCACAAUAGUGAAGGAUGUGGCCAACAAGGAGGUCCUGGGCAUUAUUGUGUCCUAUCGGGUCAAGGUCAAAGUGGUGGUGUCACGUGGAGGAGAUGUUGCUGUAGAGCUGCCCUUUGUUCUCAUGCACCCAAAGCCCUCUGAGUUGCCAAGCUCCCGUCCACAGUCAGCAUUGCCAGACCAUGAUCCACCCAUUGAUACCAACCUCAUAGAAUUUGACACCAGCAAUUUCAUUCAGGACGACGACUUUGUGUUUGAAGACUUUGCUCGUCUCCGGUUGAAGGGAAUGAAGGAUGACAAGGAGGACAACGAUUACUUCUGCUGAGACCUAUAUCCCCGCUUCUUAAGCCCUGACUCUGUCUCACCCAGCUAACGAGGGGGUGGGAAGGAGACUUGUGACUGUGUGCCAAAGAGGCAGAGCAGGUAUGGGCGCAGUCAGUGUUCCUGCUCUGCCCCACCACAACCUGCAAUGGACUGCUGAAGAAAGUUCUUAUGGAACCUUGUGUUUGGCAGGACUUACUGUAAUAUGGAGAGGACUGUAGAAAGUGACCCCCUCCAAAUGAGGGACAAGGUGGAUGAGAGAACACAGAGUCAGGAGAGGGUAGGGGGAUUGAUUUUUUUUUUGUGUGGGUUUUUUCCACUAAGAUCAUUAAAUGGAAUAACAAUAUCUUGGCCCAUCCAUGUCAAAGGUGUAACUUGAUUGUAUUUUGUCACAGUGGAAAGGGUACAAUGGUGGGACUAGUAAAACAGCUCAGAAGAUAAUUCUGAUACCUUCACCCAUACUGCCUAAGCUCAGAGUUGUAUGGCAUCUACUGCCAAUAUGAAAGAACAACUCUGGGCUAUUUUUUUCUUUUUAUGUUAGGUUUUGAUUACCAAACUAUUUAUCAUUGUUGGUGUAUAAGGAGGAUGAGCAGGAGCAAGGUCUACUGUUGAGUAUUUGCGGCAUAUCACCAAAAGAGGAUGUGCCGAGAGGAUGUACACCACAUUUGCAUAAAUGUAGAGAAGCCUGUUAUCCAGGCACUGCCAGACAAGCAUCAGACUGACAUCAAGGUAGAUAUUCAAAACUGCUUGCACCAAAAACUAAAAAUUGAUUUUGAAAGUCUUUUUCCUCUACAGUUGUAGUUUAUAGCUGAACUAGGCUUGUAGCUCAGUUUGACAAGUGCACCAAACCAAUUCUUGGGGGGAAAAAAAUGGAGACGCUGUGGGAGGUUAUGCUUUUAUUAGUGUUGUGAUGACUAUGGCUGUCUGCUAUUUAUGUUGCAGUUAUUUUUAUGUAAAAUAUUUUUAUAUUCAAACAAUGAUAGAAAUACACUUGUGGAUGUACUUUCACAUGUCUUUCUCUGUCAUGCUAAUCAGGCAUAUUGCCAGUUAAUGCAUGGCACAGGAAUGUGUGCUGUUAAAGCAGUUCCCCACUCUGUAAUGCAGUGAUAUGAAAUAUGGAAAAAAUUAACCGAUAAAUAAAUAGUAUAUUAGCCUACACCCAUGCAACACUGGAAAAUAAUAUAUAUGGGACAGCAGGCCCUCGGGCAACGCCUCACCAGUUCCUUUGUUAUGGAAGGAAAUCCAGGAGGCUGAUAAAAGCUGCUACGGGGAGAUGUUCACAGCAGCGGAGUGCACUGGGCUGUUCCACUUGUUUACGGUUGGUGGUGUCACAGAUCCCAUUAUUCCCAUCCAACAAGUAGAAUUUGGAGGCAAUGCCUUAAAUAUCUUAACAAAGAAGCUGAUAAUCAGCCUAAUUCACUGCAUUACACAAAUGAAGAUUUAAUGAUUAAGUUUAGGAAACCUUUUCAUGCAUUUUAAACAAAGCUGAAUGAAAUAAUUCUUAAUGGUAAUCAAAAAUCUGAAUGAAAAGAAUUCAAAUGUGUGGAUUAGCAGGGUCUGUUAACACAAACAGAAGCGAGAUGCUGGCACUGUGAAAUGAUAUUGCUACUGCAGCUAUUUUCAUAAACUCAGAUUCAUGUUGGCUGCUCUUAUUUUGUCCAAAACACUAUCAUGCUCAUUUGUGGUCCAGGUGAGGGCAAAUCACCUUGCAUGCCAGUGGAUACUAGGGAUUUACCUCGUCAGUGUGAGCUUUGUCCCAGAACCUAUAUACCCCUAUAUAAAAACAGCCAAUGCUACAUCUAGUCCUGUAAAUUGUUAAAUUGAUAGAGUAAUUAAUUUCUGAAUUGUCAUUGAAGCUAUUGGUAUAGAGAUACUCUGCAAGUAAUUUAAGAACAUUGGAAAAAAAAAUAACCUUUUUUAG